AUGCCGCCGACCACAGCACCCACCACUGCCACACCGAAGCUGGCCUCUCCGGGUUUUAAUGCUGGCGCCAGACCAUACCGGUCACACAAGGUUAGGGCCUGCGACUUGUGCAGGAAGCGCAAAUCGCGAUGCACCGUUGAUAUCCCGGGUCAAUCAUGCCUAUUGUGCCGCGUUCAAGGAGCGGAUUGUCACUAUCAAGAAGAGACCAAUAAUGAUCCUCCACUCACUAAUGGCCAUGAAUCGAAAUCGUGGGUCCCAGAUCACACGCGCGUCUCGUCGCUAGGACAGAAACGGAAGCAUACCCCAGACGCAAUCGAUUCCCCGUCGCACCCCAGCCGCCGCCGCGCUUCCAGCAUCGCACAUUCGGACUCAGCUUUAGACCGUCGGAGAAGUGAUUCCAGGAGCCAAGGGGUCGAUGACCCCCAUAAUGAGUCGGUCUUAAUUGUUGGUCCUGUCGUGGCCGAGGAUGCCCAGGUUAUCGAGAGAUACAUGCCGCCGGAACGGACCAGCAAAUCGGUCGAACCAAAAAGCCAGCCAUACAACGUCUACUCGAGCGAUCCUCGGAAGCCCAUUCUUUACACUACUGUAUCCCGGCGGAGGCAGGGUAUGCGGGUUGGAGUUCCUCCCGGGGAAAAUCAGAAGGAGAUUCUCGAGCAGAUCCUUGGCCCCUUCAAGCGCGACCUAGUCAGACUAUUCAUCGACCGGUUCAAUGCAGCAUUUCCGAUCUUCGAUGGGGAAACUUUCUGGGAGGCGUUCUUGUCGGAGUCCCCAGGAGACCCGCCAGCGUCGCUCUUAUGCCAGGUCUAUUCAAUGUCGCUAGUCUAUUGGAAACAUACUCCCAAGCUGGCCUGUCAUCCGAAGCCAGAUCCCCGGUACGCGGUCAACAUGACUGUCGCUGCGCUCCACGAAGAAUUCUCGGCGCCUGGGCUCUCAACAGUCAGUGCAGCCCUCAUCGAUCUUACCGGUCGGCCCAUCUUCUCAAUGACAGGGAAUGCCAUCAGCUGCGGGCGCAUGAUUUCCCUUGCACAUUGUCUCGGACUCAACCGCGAUCCAAGUCACUGGAAACUAUCCCGCCCUGAGAAGAACCACCGUAUGCGGCUGUGGUGGGGCGUCGUCAUCCAUGAUCGCUGGGGGAGUUUUGGUCACGGAGUGCCUCCUCAGAUUGCUAAAAAUCAAUAUGAUGUUCCUCUUCCAACGAUUGAAGUUCUGAUUCCCCAGGCUUCUCGAACCCCGGAGCGCGUGCGAGCUGCGCAUUGCCACAUUGCUCUGUGCCGGCUCACUGAGAUCUUAGGCGAGCUACUACCCCUUGUAUACGGCUUGCAGUCUCGAGCGCACCGCGAAACGACAAAGAAGGUGCGACAGAUCCGCACGGAUCUUGACGCGUGGGAGGACUCUCUCCCCGACUGGCUCCGCAACCCCAUCAGCACGAAUACCACGGAGGAGCGCAUCUCCGGUACAAGCAGUCUGCAGCUCGGCUUCCUUGCAGUGAAGAUGCUCGUAAGCCGUGUUGAACUCAACGAGGUCAACAACGCCGAAGCAGAUAAUCCGGAGGCGCGCCGCUACUUCCAGACCGAAUGUCGGCGAUCCGCCGAAGAAAUCGUGCAAUUCAUCUCAUCUCUCCGGAAGCAGAAUUUCCAGGAAUUUUGGCUCCCAUACAGCGCCUUCCACCUAACCACAACCGCCACCCUUCUCGUCCGUUGCGCCCUCGAAACCACCGACCCCGAAGUGGCCCGCUCUUGCCUAGCCAACGUCGAAACCUUCCGAUCCAUUCUCCGCCGUGUUCGCGAAGAAGAAGACUGGGACGUCGCCGACAUGUGUCUCGAUCACUGCGAGCGUCUCCUCAACCGCCUGAACAAUAGCACCGGCACCACCACCAGCGCUGAACAUCCGCCCACUUUCACAGAUCUCGGCCAGCCACCGGAUAGCACCCACCCUCAUCGACUAGUGAACCCCGCCGCCAUCGCCCUCCCAGAGACACAAACAAACAACGAUAUUGUCGACGACAUGAUGAGCAUCUCCGGGACAUUCGGCACGAUGGAUGGCUUUCCAUUCGACAUGACAGGGAUAUGGGAUGUUUCCGUAUUCCAGGAUGUUAAUCUGACAUAA